AUGCAUUAUAUGUAUUUUCUCGCUUCCUUUUUUUAUCUUUCAUUCGUUCGUCCUUUCCUUUCUUCUUUGUUCCUUCUUCUUUCCUUUCAACGCUAUUUUGCUAUUUUUCUCUUUCAUGAUUUCUUUUUUAUUCCUUAUUAUUCUUUAUUAGUUUUUUAUUUAGUUCUUUUUCUUUAUUUCCAGUCUUUCUUCUUUCUUCCUACUUCUUUUUUCCCCAUUUUUCGUUCGUUUGUUUAUUUCUUUCUUCAAUCCUGCCUUUCUUCUUUCAACGUUUUUUUGGUAUGUUUUUUUCUUUCAUGCUUCCUUUUCUUCAUUCCACAUUAUUCUUUAUUUCUUUUUUAUUUUAUUUAUGUUUCUUUGUUAUUUCCUAGCCUCUUUCUCCUCUCGCUUUCUCUUUUUCUUUCCUUUUUUUCUUUCUUUUCUUUCUUUCUUUCAUUGAUUCUCUCGACCCACAUAAACCCACAUUGUUUUUCAUAUGUUUGCCGAGAUUUGUUGUUUCUUCCUUCUUUCCUUCUUCUUCCCUACCUUUCGUUUUACUUUGUAGCUUCUUUUUUAGUCUUUCUUUCUUUUUCUAUGUCAUUUUCUCUCUUUCUUUCUUUCUUUCUUUCUUUCUUUCUUUCUUUCUACAUUUACACUUUUUCUCAUUUUAAUCCUCUUAUAAGAGAUUUGAUCGUUUUCUCUCUCUCUCUCUCUCUCUCUCUCUCUCUCUCUCGAUUUCUUCUUUUCGCCGCAGGUACCUUCUUUGGUUUCUGA